CGGGCCCACCUCUGCUCCUUGCCCUCUCGCUCUCCCGCCGUGCCCUCCCUCCCUGGCUCUCCUGCCCCUCCAGGUGCGCACCCCUCACCUCGCCAUCCUCGGUGCGCUUGCGCGGUGCUCAGGAGUAGCUGGGCUGCAGAGUUGAAAAAACUUAGGCGGCUCCAGUGCGGUUCUCUGAGGACUCGGGCUAACGUCAGCGCGGCGCGUGGACAGGUGGCUACGCUCCCCGCGAUGGGCUGCUCCAGCAGCACCCUCAACAAGGCCGGAGACAGCAGCAGGUUCCGCAGCGUAACUUCAAAUGAACAUUUUUCAACCACAGAGAAAAGUGAGUCCUGCUUUGCCCAACCAAAGCCAUGCACCCUGGGAAGAGAAUCUGCUUUGUAUGACAACACACAAAGGGAAAGCCUUCCCCCUUUAGGAAAGCUCAAGGUUUCAGCAGUGUCUACAGCGAAUGGUGUUAAAUCCCUCAGUGAGCAGCCCCUGGAAAAGAAUGUGGCCCCUGGAAAGGACGCUGUAGACCACUCCGAAUCUACGGAGGAGACACAGCCUACAGAGGGACCAGGUGGCAAAGAUGAUACCCCAGGAACGGAAGAAGAGAAGAAAGAUGUACAAGCAGUGACAGGGGCUCGGCCUUUAAAAGGGAGUGCUGAGGCUGAACAUUUAGGAACAAAAGUCGAGGGUCAGCCUUUGAGGACUGCAGGAGAGAGGGUCUCCCCUGGCACAGUGGAAGGUGAUGAGAAUCCACCACCUGCUGGAGAGAUGAAGCUUCUAGGAACAACUGGAAAUAUCCUGCCUCUGGAAACAGCUAUAGAGCUACAACCUCAAGAAGCAAUGGGAAAGGAUGAGCAGGGCCAACUUCUAGAAACAAUCCCGAAAGAGGAUGAAUCUCCAGAAGUCUUGGAAGGAAGCCAACUUGUGGAAAUAGCUCAAGAGCAGCACCUUCAGGCAACACCAGAAAAACAAGAGCAGUCCCAGCUUCUAGAAACAAUCCCGAAAGAGGACGAAUCUCCAGAUGUCUUGGAAGGAAGCCAACUUGUGGAAAUAGCUGAAGAGCAGCAACUUCAGGCAACACCAGGAAAACAGGAAGAGUCUCAGCUUCUAGAAACAAUUCUGAAAAAGGAUGAAUCUCCAGAAGUCUUGGAAGGAAGACGGCUUGUGGAAAUAGCUGAAGAGCAGCAACUUCAGGCAACACCAGGAAAACAGGAACAGUCCCAGCUUCUAGAAACAAUUCCCAAAGAGGAUAAAUCUCCAGAAGUCUUAGAAGGAAGCCAGCUUGUGGAAACACCUGUAAUGAAUGACCCCCUCCAUAAAACUCCUGAAGGUCCAGGAAGGGUGGACCAGAUUCAACUUGAAGGAAUAGUUGGAAGCUUGGAGCAUUCAGCAGGAACUGCAGAGCCAGGGGCCAGGGUGGAAAUGACCAGGAAAGUUCAUAGUAAUGAAGAAGACCAACACAUCGAAGGUGAGACAGGGGAAAAGAUGGAAACAGAGAUGGAGAAUGAGGAAGUAAGUGAAGGGGCUGAAACAAAAGAAGAAGAAACAGGAGAAGCGGUGGACCUUUCAGCAGCCGCAUAGAUCGGUGUGGUGAGAGAAGGGGGGACGGAGCCAAUGUGACAUGAUAGAGAAGGCAAAAAUGGCAGUGAAGCUUGUGGUUGUGGGUCUUAUCUUUCUUCAUCUACGUGUUUUACACAAGGAGUUGGUUUUAGAUCGUUGGAACCAUGAGAAUGUUAUUGUCAUGUUCUUGAUUACAUUGUUCUAUAAAACUGCUAAGCCGUAAACAAUUUUCUUAGCUACUUAGAAUAGUUAGACUUAUAAAAUUACAAUAGCCAGAGCCAAUGAAAAUUAGGGUUUAUGAUCAUUUAAGAGUGUGAAGGUGACUUUCUUCAUUGUGGCAAUGUGUUCAUUCAAUGUUGAAAAUGAGGCACUGAAAAGAAAGUAUAAACCUGGCUCGGCACCCGUAGCACAGUGGUUACGGCGCCAGCCACAUACA